AUGAAUGCAUUUAAGGAAGUGAAGGAUUGGUUGCUGCUGAAAUUCCAAACACUCUCUACAAGACAAGAGGAUUCGGUUAUUACUCGCGGAAUUAACGCGUUAACACCGCGCACGAUCCCGGAAUUUGUUAUACCAGGAUCAGGAAAUUCUUCAAGGCGAACGAGUAGCGAAUGCUUCGGUGACAUGACCCUGGAUUUUGAAAGAAAGCGCAACAGUUACGGUGGGCGUCAAUCGUCGCCACCUCUGUCGCCCCGCCUCUCACCGUCGGAGUCCAUGCCCUGUUUCCAUAAUGCGGGAAGAUUGUCAUGCAGCUCCGCUCCCGUGACCCCGAAACACGAGGUCAGGAACUCUAUUGCCUGUAAGAGAGGAUCCAGUUCGACCCCCGGACUUAACAGAAUGGCACACGAAGAUACGAAUUACGACCCCUUAUCUAUUGCUGCUAUGAGUCUUCCGCACUUUCGGGGACAGACAUCCUUCGGGUUCUCAACACUUACGGAAAACCCACACACGCGACGCAAAGAAUCCCUAUUCCAUGCUGGAAGCGAAAGCCUAUUAACUAAGCGAACAAACGGUAAAACAAUUAGACAAAUAAAACAGUUCAGUAAAGAAAAUAUAUCACAAGAUGCUCACAGAUUGAUGGCUUAUCACACAAAGACAAAUACUCAAUCGCCAAGCGUCAGUAUGCCUUCUGUUAUUGUUACGGCUGCAAAGCAGUCAACACAAACCUCCCCUACGGACAUAAACAUGUUCCCUAGUCAAAGCAGCCGUCGACUGUCGCCAACAUAUCAUAUAUAUUCCAACGACGGUCUUAGCAUCGCCAAUUUCAAUCGGUUUUACAAUCGACGGCGUUCCUCGUUGCAGAUCAUGACAGAAAACGAACAAGAGGAAUUUGCACACGCCUCCGAGGCGUCGACCCCUUCUAAUGACCAGCAGCAGCGUCACAGUUUAGGAGAACUUCAUGCUCAAAUCGUCAAGGCGUCACUUAAACGCCAUUCUGCGCCAAACAUUCCUUCUGAACAAAAAGGCCGGAUGGAGGAGAUACCCAAACCGAGGUCAAGUUCAUGUCAUGUGAUCCGUAACGACUCGUACAGCCAGAUAACGCAGUCAACGCACUUGUUCGCACCUCACGGCGAAUUAAAAUUUAGUUUUCAGUACCUACCAGCUUCAAAGCAAUUAAAAGUCACUAUCAUCAAAGCAGAAAACCUUGGCGGUCAGCUAAAGCAAGACAGGCAAUUUAACUGUUUUGCAAAAACGUAUCUUAUGCCUGGGAAGUUACAGAAACAAAUCAGUACAAUUAUUAAACGGACUCGAGAUCCUAUGUUUGACCAGGAGUUCUAUUUUCAAAACAUCACCACAGAAGAAUUGCAUGGUAUGAGUCUGGUAAUAAAAUUGUUUUCAAAAGCAACGAAUUUUAAACCAAACGAAUUCAUUGGAAAGGUUUCCAUACCUCUGGAUAAUUAUGACGUCAUGAAUGAAAACAGAAUCUGGAAAGAUCUCGAGCUUAGUAAGGAACGGGAGGACUCCGGUUUUCUACACGUUGGUCUCAAGUACGAUCGUUGCAAUGGAAACGUCACAGUGGUAAUUGACCAAGCAAAGUGUUUGCCCAAUCACCCAAUAACCGGACCUCCAAAUGCAUAUGUUUGUAUAGAGGUUUCUGCACCCAACAAACAGAUGAUGAAGCAGCAAACCAACAUUAUAAAAAGCGAGCUUAACCCAGUAUUUCAGGAAACAUUCGUGUUUAACAUUACGAACCAAACUGAAUACUUACAAAACACAUCAGUUAACAUUUCCGUUUUCGAUCAUGACAGGAUACGCAGUGAUCUUUUGAUUGGCCAAGUUGUGCUAGGUUGUCUAGCAACAGAAGUCAGUCAGUAUGGUCACUGGCAAGAAAUGCUGGAAAAUGCUGGCUUCAUGAUAAGUAAAUGGCAUUAUCUGAUAGACCGAAACGAAUAAGCUGGAUUCGCCGAGAGUUUUUCCUUCUCAUAUAAGGUCAAUAUAGACUUAUUUAUGAUCGGAUUCUAGUUUAUCGCGGUGUUUCAUGGUUAAUUAAUUGUCUUUUUGUAUUUGCAAGCUUGAUUAUCAACGUCGAAGGUAUUUUUGAUAUGUGUUAUAUAGGAAUAUAAUACAUUAUGACGAUUUACAUGAUGCAAACCGCCUCAACUUGCGGGUAAAUUAUCCAUUAGUGUAAACCUGUUCCUGCUUAAAGUAAACCAGAAGGACCUCUAAUUAUUUCGUUUCUGUUUUUGAGUUUUGUGUGUUUGCUUAGUUUGUAUUUAUUGACAAUUAAUUUAUAUCAAAACCAAUGUCUUACCACCAUAUUAAAGACAUUAAUCAUUAUUUACUUUAUGCGAAAUUUAAAUUCUUCAUUUACAAAACGAAAUCCAAUUAAUGCUGGAUUAUUUAAAGAAAAUGUUUACUUGUUUAUUUUUAUGCAAAAACAGAUGCGUAGUGGUUCCGCGUGAAAACAGAUAUACAGUUUAAAAAGUAUCUGCAGUACAAACGUGUAAAAUAUAUUUUUUGUACAUUUACUUUUCGAAUAAAUCCUAUUGAUUUUGAUAACUUGAUUAUUAAAAUUUCAAGUUAAAUAUGAAAUAGU